AUGGCAAGAACGGCACCCAAGAAAUGCGCAGAUUCUCAUUUGGCUGCCAGUUUCCUGGUCAUCACCGCGACAGUCGUUCUCAAUCUUGCUUUCCCGAAACUGUCUGAUGAACCGAAACCUUUGAGGUCGAUAGGCCAAACGACGCUACUACAGAUCACGCAUCUUCAGAAUACUUUGCCAAAAUUAAUCCAUUUAUCAUAUUUGAAUCCCGAAACUGGUAAAUACCACAAAGGCUGGGAUGACCUCUACUUCAUUAGCUUCUGGGUGUUAAUCUGGUUAAGCUUGCGAGAACUCCUCAUGAAGCUCUUCUGGAAUCCGCUGGGAUCCUGGAUGGGUCUAACCAAUGGCAAGAAACUACAACGCUUCUCAGAACAAGGUUGGACUUUGGUAUACUGCACGGUUUUUUGGUGCAUGGGAAUUGUAAGGAGCUCUACGAUGUUCUCAACCUGGUUUACUAUUUUUACUCAUUGUGCUAUGCCGCUUAUCCCCCAGAAAAUACUCUGUGCAUACCCCGAACCAAUUCUCUCGUUCAAUAUACGACAAUACUGGCAAGGUUAUCCUCACACAUCGCUGGAUGCCUUAAGCAAGUUCUACUAUUUGUCUCAAAUCGCAUUCUGGUUCCAGCAAAUCGUUGUCCUACAGGUUGAAAAACGUCGGAAAGACUAUUAUCAAAUGUUUGCACAUCACAUUGUCACGGCUAUUCUGGUAUGUGGUAGUUAUGCCACAAACUUUACGGGUAUAGGAACGGCGGUGCAUACAACUAUGGAUUUAUCUGAUAUUCUAUUGGCGUUUGCCAAAAUGCUCAACUACUUGAAAGUCGGGAUUGUAGGAGACGCUUCCUUCUUGGUCUUCGUAUUUUCUUGGAUUUACACCCGACAUUACGUACUCCUUCGAAUAAUUUUCGCUAUAUACAAAGACCUACCGCAAGAUAUCGAAUUUACUUGGAAUCCUAGCAAAGGCCAGAUUGCGAGUCGCUCGCUAUGGAUUGCAUUCCUGAGCCUCUUGAGUGCAUUGGAAAUACUCUUAAUGAUUUGGCUUUUUAUGAUAUUAAAAGUCCUGUGGAAGGUCGUCCGAGGACAUGCGCCUGAGGACACGCGAUCGGACACUGAGGACACCGAUGAUGAAGCGGGAGAAACGAAAUCAAGAUCUCCGAAGAUCCCAGUCUCAUGUGAAAAGCAACCUCUCUUAUCGACAACGGACCGGCCUCAUAGAGGUCAUAGAAGGCAGCAACGAAAGUAG